CAGGUUCAGUGAACGGCGUUUUGGACAGGAUGCUUGGUGUCAGGUCUCAGAAGCUGGUUUGCUGAAUUAUUGUCCCAUUCGGUUGGGAUUGUGAGUCUCUGGGAAGGUUUGUGGGAGUGCACCAGUGCCAGCUUCGGUGGAGGCACCCCUGGAGGCCAUUUUCAGGAACUUUUGCCACAGGUGUAAAAGACUCUAGAACUGCAGAGAUGCUGAAACAGAUACUGUCGGAUAUGUACAUAGAUCCUGAUCUACUGGCAGAGCUCAGCGAAGAACAGAAACAGAUCCUCUUCUUCAAGAUGAGGGAGGAACAGAUCCGACGAUGGAAAGAAAGAGAAGCGGCCAUGGAAAGAAAGGAGUCCUUGCCAGUGAAAUCCAGACCAAAGAAAGACAAUGGCAAAUCUGUCCAUUGGAAACUGGGAGCUGAUAAGGAAGUCUGGGUAUGGGUGAUGGGUGAACACCCUCUAGACAAACCCUACGAUGCGCUCUGUAAUGAAAUCAUUGCCGAGAGGGCCCGGCUGAAGGCAGAGCAGGAGGAGAAAGAGCUCAGAAAAAUGCAAUCUAAAGAAUUCACCAAUAGCCCGAAGACAAAACCACAGUACUAUGAUCUACAAACAUCAAAUAACAGGGUGACUCAGAACCUCUGCAAGAAAGCGGCCAAAGAGGAGGAACUAGGGAAAGGAUCGAUCCCAGCACCAACCCUGGAGGAAGAGAAAGUUCAAUCACCCUCCAGUUCUUCAAGAAAUAUUCAACAAAUGUUGGCAGAUUCUAUCAAUCGUAUGAAGCCGUAUGGAUUUCACCAGAAGAAAGAAUCCAUGAAGAAAAAACAAGAUGAAGAUAUAAAUCAAAUAGAUGAAGAGAGGACCAAGCAGAUUUAUAAGAACUGGAAAGAAGAUUCAGAGUGGCAGGCAUCUUUGCGAAAAUCCAAAGCAGCUGAUGAGAAGAGACGCUCCUUGGCCAAACAAGCACGGGAAGACUACAAGAGGUUAUCCCUCGCGGCCCAGAGAGGCAGAGGCAGUGAGGGACCGCAGAGCCCUCCAAGUGUUCCACAGAAGCCAAAAAGACCUCCCCUUCCACCCAAGCCUCAGUUCCUAAACCCAGCAGGAUACCCUCAAAAACCUCUCAGAAAUCAGGGAGUGACACGGACAGCGUCCAGCUCUGCCCAGGAGGACAUCAUUCGGUGGUUUAAAGAGGAGCAACUAUCACUUGGAGCAGGCUGCCAGAAAACCUCAAACACCAUAGCUCCCUGGUUCCAUGGAAUUCUCACACUCAAGAAAGCAAAUGAACUUCUUCUGAGCACAGGCGUGCCGGGCAGUUUUCUGAUCCGAGUCAGCGAAAGGAUCAAAGGCUAUGCCUUGUCCUAUCUGUCAGAGGAGGGCUGUAAACAUUUCCUCAUUGAUGCCUCCGCGGACUCCUAUAGCUUCCUGGGCGUGGACCAGCUGCAGCACGCCACCCUGGCAGAUUUGGUGGAAUAUCACAAGGAGGAACCCAUCACUUCCUUGGGGAAGGAGCUCCUUCUUUAUCCCUGUGGUCAGCAGGAUCAGCCACCCGACUAUCUGGAGCUCUUCGAGUGAUGGCUUUCAUAUGGGGCAUCCUACAGCCUCUAACUGGGCUCUCCCCAGGACAGACACACCGAAACAGACAUUUGUGUGUGACGCCAAAUCACCCUGCAGUAGAGCCAAUGCUGAUCAACAGAAAGUAUUCACGGAGUCCUCGUUGGCAUUUAUCUUUUGCAUAGACGCUGGAGUUCAGCAUCAAGAGAAAAUGACCGUUGCUCACAUGCACUCCAGAAGUAAAGGGAGAAGAGUCCCAGCUUCAGCAACGACCUAUCAUGAAGGGUACGAUCUUAAUGGUGUGUGUCAGAUAAAAUAAACAGUGAAGACAUCGAAACCUUUUAGAAA